AUGUUGUUUGGCGCUGCUGAAGCUUCACCACAGGAGCUGCAAGAAGACAACAAGUUGGUAGAAAAUGAAGCUGCAGGUUUCGUUCCUGAAGUUAAAGAAUCUGUGGAGGUUUCUGCUGGGGAGGUGGCCUCACCAGCCCAAGCACGGUUCUUCUCAUGUCCCUCUGGUUGGGUCAGAUACAAGAGUGAUUGCUAUCUGUUUGUGGCCUCCAGCACAUCCUGGACCAGUGCUGUGACCAACUGUGCCAGUUACGGGGCCUCUUUGGCUUCGGCCCAUGACCUGUUCGAUUACAGUUUCCUGCAGGAUCUCACCAGAAGAUCAGGAUAUACUACUGCCUGGAUGGGAGGAUUCUACUUCCAGGGCUGGAGAUGGUUGGACCAGAGUACUUUCAGCUACUCCAACUGGUAUUCACAAAACUCAGUCACUUCUUACCCGUGUAUCUACCUGAGAACCACAGGGGGCUGGACCAAUGCUGUAUGCACUACUUCACUUCCGUACAUCUGUGUGAAGAAAACAGACACCUGCUGAACCAUCAAACAUCAGGACUUCACAGUCUCUGGAAUAUGAUGCUUCACAUUUUCAGUGUUUUCAUUUAAACCAUGUUUAGAUUUUAGACGGGACGGGACUCUCCUCCCAGCAGUGUCUUUAAUUGAUGCUGUUUAUCUUCAACUGAAGUUGAAGUAACUUUUUGUUGAUACUACUUUCCUCUGAAAUCAGACUUAUAAAGAAGCUGAAUGAUGA